GCCGACGAUAAGGAAAAGGCAGAGGAGGAGGAGAGAGAGCGUCAGGAGGCCAUACGCGAGGCUGAAGAACGACGAAAGGAGAAGCACCGUAAAAUGGAAGAGGAGCGUGAAAAGAUGAGGCAGGAAAUUCGUGAUAAGUAUAAUAUCAAGAAAAAGGAGGAAAUUGUUGAAGCCGCGCCGCAGGAGGAACCAAAUCCAUUGAUGCGAAAGAAAAAGACUCCCGAAGAGUUGGCAGCUGAAGCUGAGCAAGAAGAGUUGGAUGAUUUUACAAAACUGAAAAAUCAAAUAGAAACGCAAGUAAAUGAGCUAAAAACUCAAAUAGAGGGAAAAUGUGUCAUGCAGUGAUAUGUCAUCAUAUAAUUAUAUAAAAUGUUAUAAAUCAAUAAUAAAAAAAGUA